UCUGGUUGGUCGGGGGAGAGACUACUGACUUGUACAUCAAGAAGGACUUGUGUUUUUUUCCACAUCAAGCAAGCUCGGUGUGCUCUUCGGAUCAAGCAGGAACGUGGCUUUGUCCACAUCGAGCAGGAGUGGAGUUUUGGUGUGGGCGGGAGCUCUUUGUCCACAUCAAGCAGGCACGGAGCUUCGUCCGUAUCAAGCAGGAGCGGAGCUUUAUCCACAAUCAUCAAGCAAGACUGGUGCUUCGGCCUUCGGCCACGUCAAGCAGGAGCGGUGCUUAGUUCACGUCAAGCAGGAUCUGUGUGCGGCUUGAUUGGUGCGGCAUCCGCAUGUGUGGGCGGCUUGAUCUGUGUGCGGCUCGACGGUUUUCCGCAUCGAGAAGGGGCGGAAGCAGGGUCGUUGCCUCGUCUAGGGUUUCCGGCAGGGUCGGUGGAUCAUCGGGAUCGGGAUAAAGGAGGGGAUUGGUAUCAGGACCGGAAACAUAUCAGGAUUGGGAGUGAGGAGGGUUGGAAUAAGGGUCGGAUUCAUAAUCGGAUUCAGGACUGGAAACAGGGUCGGAAGCAGGGUCGGUGGGUCGUUAUGAGACGGCGAUUUUCCAAUUGAGCAGGGUCGGCGCCUUGUCUCGGGUUUCCCGGUCAAGCAAGAUAAGUUUGCGGCGUGGAGUGGCAAAUUAUCUAUCUAUAUAUUGUCAAACAAAGCUGCCCGGUAAACCGUAGGCAGAGAGGGAGAAGAGGAAAGUUAUAUAUAUACGUCACAAAUACUUGGUGCUGACUCGGCGUCCUCCUACUGCCUAUAUCGUCACAAAUACUUGGUGCUGACUCGGCGUCCUCCUACUGCCUAUAUCGUCACAAAUACUUGGUGCUGACUCGCCGUCCUCCUACUGCCUGCCGGCUUCAGGUCUCGUCGGUGAGCAGCGGCGAAAAUGUGCUGCAUCGUCAAGUCCUUUGUCAAAUGGAUUAUCUCGUGCGUGUGCUGCCUCAUAGUGAUAGCAGUGGCUAUCUUGAUCGCCCUGUACUUUGCCAUCAAGCCAAAAAAGCCGUCCUUUAAUGUUGUUAAUGUGCAGACGGUUGAUGAUCGGCCUUCUUUAUUCGAUAUUUCGGGCGAUAACGUGCUGCCAAAUGUCGGUUUCGUACUCUCGUCGUAUAAUCCUAACAAGGUGGAGAUUGAGUACCAAACGAACAACUCGCUCAAGGUCCUCCCCGGGAGCAAUGUCACCAAGCAAUCCCAGCCACUCGGCCAAGCAUUUCUCAACACCUUCUCUCAGGGCGCAAAGACUCAGAAAAAUGUCACUGCCAACUGGUUGAGUGCAAAUCGGGUCGACCCAGACGUAAUGACCGUGCUCCAGGCGAACCUGACGAAUGAUUUGAUAGUGGUCACUCUCUCUGGGAGGCUGCAAGCGAGGGGCGUGUAUGGCGGCCUCAGAUCUCCAGGGGUUUAUGUUGACAUAAAGUGUUAUGUCGGUUUCAAGCCCAACAGCUCCAUGCUGGCGAGCGAGUACACCGAAUGCGGUGUGGAUAUUCCCUUCGACCAGACUUAAAGAAAGCGCAACAAGUUGCGGUGACGUCCCCCGUCGCGUUGUCCUUGUGCAUCUGGUUUGCUGGCAGUUUCUCUCAGAGUCAAAGUUUUUAUGAACGAUGAAUGACGCUGAUCUGACCGUUGAUUUUUUGUUUUUAUUUUUAUUUUUUGUUCCUGCGUUAUCAGUCUGUGAUAUCUUGUUUUUUUCCGUUGUCGUUGGGCCUUAAGCGAAGCGUGCGGAGGUGCAUAAUUUCGUCUUCGAUGUGAGGCAUGCCUUUCGCUUGCAUGGAAGACUCCAGCAUACCCAGCCUUGUGGGGCGAGGUUGUGAAUCUUGUGACGGAAGGCGACCAGAUCCAUCCAAAUUGACCUUUGAUUAUAUCUAGGUUUGAUAUGUAAUAGGGUUCAGCGUUAACAAUCUAUACAGGGUUCGAGUCCGUUCGACCUUACAUUAUAUAGGGUUCAGCCUUAUGAAUCCAAAUGGACCUUUGAUUAUAUCUAGGUUUGAUAUGUAAUAGGGUUCAGCCUACAAUCUACAUAGGGUUUAGCCUUAACAAUCUAUAUAGGGUUCAGGCAUACAAUCUAUAUAGGGUUCAGCCUUUCUGACGAGUCAGUGAAACUCUGACGAAGCAGUCUGUUGCGACCCCUCGUUGGUUGGCCUCUGCUUCCUCGCUGCCUUACGGUUCACCGGGGGCCUUUCUCCGUGACGCGGAACAAAUUAAUGAAUCCAACCAUGCGUUCGCUCUGGAUCAGGUCAGUAGGAGUUUGUUGUUCUUGACCCAUCCAUUUUUCUUAAGGCGUUUGCCGCGUUUUCUAUUUUUCCGUAUUGGAGGGAAUAAGUUGCCCUCGCCGGCCCUCGGUCUUCUUGGGUAAGUGGAGCUUGUAGGUAGUUGGUAGGGAAGCUUUUUUAGGUAGUUGGUAGGGAUCUAUGCCGUUGCCGUGGCCUAGAAUGUUAGGGACCAUAGGUAGGGAAGCUUUUUCAGAACCCCUAGUAGGACUUGUGCUACCUGUGCUGAAGAGUCGAGACCAUAGCUAGCUGUUGAUUUUUUUUUUUUUUUUUUUUUUUUUGGUUAAAUCUGUUGAAUGGUAGUGGAAACCGGAAUAUUGCCGUUCUGGUAAGACUUGUCUGCCGCCUGUGAGUAAACCGUCAUGGCCAAAGAUGGUGGAGCGCAGAGUGGAGCUGAGCCGUGGUAUUUCACGCUAAACUGUACUCGUGGGUAUUGAAUGCUCUUCCAACUGCGAUAAAACACCCUUCAUGCCCUCCAGCACAAGUCUGUGGUCUUCGAUGGCAGCACACAGGAGCGCUGAGUUACACAAGCCAGGCAGGAGGAGUUAAGAUCGACAGUAGUAGUUGAAGUCCCCAGCCUCGUGUGCGUCCUUUCUGCUGAUUAGUCGGUGUUUUCCUUUGCACAAUUCUGAAGCUGUUAAAUGCUCGAGAAUAACAUCGCUCUCUCAUGUUUGUAGGCCUCCGUGUGACGUACCCUUCUGAAGCUGUUAAAUGCUCGAGAAUAACAUCGCUCUCUCAUGUCUGUAGGCCUCCGUGUGACGUAUGGUGAUCUGUGCGCACCGUGCUUUGGAGACUGUACGACCGCUUGUCUGCUGGUGGCAUCAGGUACCCUUUAUGGUCGUUGUCUCCGGCUCAGGCUCGGGGUAUUUUCCGCGCUUCGACCACCCUACCCAAGGUUAUGUAUGGCGGUGACUGUCAGCUAGCAUGUCUAGCAGCACGAUCAAUUCUGUUGUGGCCUCGCCUUUAGGAUAGGUAAGAAUCGAUCUUUAGUGUUUCUGCUUUUGAGACUGUACGACAGCUUAUCUGCUGGCAUGGGGCACCCAUUUGUGUCCGUAUCGUUGUUGUAGGCUCAGGCGCGGCGGGCAUUUUCUGCGCUGUUAGCACCCAACCCAAGCUAUGGAUGGCGAUGACAGUCAGCUAGCAUGUGUAGCAGCGAGCUCAAUUCUAUUGUGGCCUCACCUAUAGGAGGGGGGUUAAGAACAGCAGCUUUGACACGUGUGCUUUGCUGAGUGGGCCCACUUCUCUUUGCGGCGGCUCCUGAUUUUGGAGGGAGUCCUUUUUGUUUGUGGAGGGGGUCUUUUCGUUGCUCUUAUCGGUAUGGUUUGAGUGAAAACAAGGUGCCCUUUGCGUGGACGUUCCUAUGCUCGUUAUACCGUGGUCGACCUGAUGGGUCUCCGGCUCUCCGCGGUAAAGGUUGGCGAAGAUGGGCACUUUCCUUUUGUGGAAAGGAACUGAUUCAUUUAGGGCGUACGCACACUUGCACUUUCCUAAAACGAACAUGCAUGAAGGGCCAGACCUGAGUGCACGUGACCACGAUUACGUCCAGAGCAGAGAUUGCUCGAGUCCUGGUGUGAGUGCGCCCUUAGUCGAUAAGUAGGUAGUGGAUGUAUUUUAGUGUAGCUCCAUGCUGUAGAGAACCCACUUUGGCACACCGGCACUGAGCAGGAACCCUUUUUGGCACAAGGGGAGGGUGUCCGAUAGCCUUAAAAGGAUGCGGCGGGUGUGGAUUCUUUCUUUGGCGACGGGGACCCCUCCCUCCCUACCAGCAUGUGUUGUUAUACCAGUCCUCGUGUGCUGGUGACGUACCUAUUCUUCUUCCUUCCCUGGUUUGUAAAUAUCUUGCCAUACGCAGGACCUGACUGGCGAAGGCGACGAGAAACGGAUGAGAUGAACAUUAUUUCAUAGAAGGUAGGCUUCUUAAGGAGAGGAGUAAAUGAUAGUUUUCCGCCAGCACCUCCUUCGUGCUUUUUGCUGAUUGGAUUGGCAUGCAUUGUCAGAAGCUGACGGAAAAUGAAUGUUCCUGGCUAGUGGGAGGCGGCCGCUGAUCAGCUUGUUAGUUGGUUAUUGAUUGCAUGUGCUUGCUCUGUGUGUGUGUGGGGGGGCGGUGGAGGAUGUCGUCUCUCUCUUUCUCUGGUCGUUGCUCUUGCUUUUCUGUCGUGAAGAAGUUCCUCCAAGCCGACGCCAAUUUCAGUGUACAAGGCUUUGGUAUGACCAUGGGGAAUAUGACGCCCUGGCCGUUUUGAGUGCCUCUUCGCUAUCACUGGGGCGUUGUUAGUCUUCACUUCUUCAACCCCCUAAAAAAAUUUUAACUGGUUAAAGCCAGCGCAAAAAGUGCACGUAUGCUUUUCAACUGGUUAAAGCUAGCGCCAAAAGUGCACCUACGCUUAGGUAUGGUUCUUGGAGAACGUAUUCGACGGCAUGAGUCCCCCUUCCUUAGUAGUUGUGCUGCAGCCUCUGCAUCACCUAUGUAUAACUUCUACUUAUUCUGUUGUUUUCUAUUCAGGGCUUGAGGCACAUGUCAUUGAGAAUCCAAAUGGAGAAUAGUUCUUCGUAGCGGAACACCCCUUUGGGGGUAAAUUCGUAAAAGUGGACGGGUAAAUUCAUAAAAGUGGACAGGUAAAUUCAUAAAAGUGGACGGGUAAAUUCGUAAAAGUGGACUGAUAUAUGGGGGGCUGCUGCGUUUCCGAAGAAUAAGAUACGAGAUACGCUUUUUUUUUUUUUUUUUUUUUUUUUUUGCGUGUGUGUGUGUGUGUGUGUGUUUGUUCCUGGGAACGUUUAGAUAUGUGGCGUCUGACGCAGGGUCUGGAAAGGAAUGCGCUAACUGUGGAUUGUUCUUCAUGAAACGUUUUGAGAGUUUCAAACGUGUCUUCUUUUUUGUUUAGUGUCCCAUGUGUAGGAUGCAGCCUCUGGAGGGAGGUGCAGUCCUUUUUCUUGAUUCUAUUAGUUGCUGCUUUGCUCCAAUGCGCCCCUCUGUAUGGGGGAAGGGCUUUGGAAUGGACUUCAAUGAAGGCUGUGGCUCUGA